CAGGACACAGACAGACAAACAGUGUUAGACACAUAACCACAGUGACAGAGAUAGACCAUCCUUGGUCGCUCUGUGUGUGACGGGGGACACUGGAGAGCUGCUCAUUCAUCAGGUCCUGCUCCAUGACCACCGCUCCAUCCGUCUUUUGCGAGGGCAGCUACCUCCUUACACACUUCCUCCCGGCAAAUGAGGCUGCCACAGUCUUCACUGAACUGCUAAAAGAACUUUCCUUCGAGACCAUGUCUAGCUUCGGGACGCCCGUACCACGUCUUGUCUGUGUCCAAGCUGCUGUCGAGACGGAUGGGACAAGACCCAUCUACCGCCACCCAGCAGAUGCGAGUCCCACCACAGGACCCUGGACACCGCUCAUGCAGCGCCUGGUCGAUCGCAUCAAUGCACAGCUCGGCACGCGACUCAAUCAUGCAUUGAUCCAGCUAUAUCGGUCAGGCGCUGAUAAUAUCUCUGAGCAUAGUGACAAGACGCUGGAUCUCGUCCCUGGUUCACUCAUCGUCAAUGCCUCUUUUGGCGCGCAACGGACCAUGACGCUAAGAUGGAAACAGAACAAAGCAUUAGCAGAAGCAGAUACUUCGAAGCGCAAGGAGAAUGUUCAGAUAAAAUUGCCGCACAACUCGCUGCUUGUGAUGAACCUCGAUACCAAUGCGGCAUGGACACAUGCGAUUCGGCCAGAUAAACGGCGCACAUCAGAAAGACAGCCUGAAGAGAAUGCCUAUGAUGAUCAGCGCAUCUCCAUCACACUCAGAGAAAUUGGCACAUUCAUCACGUCGGAUGGGCAUAUCUAUGGCUCAGGCGCACUGGCGAAGGACAGGCAGCAUGCUGAGCCGGCAAGCAAGAAUCCUGUUGAUUGGGAACAGCUCAUCAUCGCCUUCGGCAAAGAGAAUAGGCAUACUUCUGUCGACUGGGAGUUUUGCUACGGCAAGGGCAGUCAAGCUGUGCACUGA